AUGGCUGCAACUCCGAGUUCGGAAGUGUUUCGAGCCAGAUUGAAUUCGUUAUGUCUUCGUGAUUUUCCAUGCGAAUACAGUCAAUGGACUCAAAGGGAAAGGAAGAAGUAUUCCAAAGGAGAAGUAAUCCACUAUGAAUCUAAAGACUCUCUUAAAGAACUAAUCAAGAGUAAGGUGUGGAACCAUGAUUUCAAGUGGAGUCGUGAAGCGUCUGAGCUACGAGAAUUAGCAAUUAAGUCUCCAUGGCUAAUUGAUGAUGAAUUUAUUAGAAGCUAUUUUAAAACCUUACGCUUUGUAGAUGAGAAAAUCACGCAAAUUGAUGAAGGAAUGCUACAAUUAGUCAGUUUGGAAGAACUUACCUUAAGUGCCAACAAUUUGGUCACAAUAGAAUCUAAAAAUUUGCCUAAGUCCUUACAGGUACUAGAGCUGUGUGCGAACCAAAUCAGCGAUUUGACAUCAUUAUGUCGACAUCCCUUGCCUUUGCGACACCUAGGUCUUGGUUACAAUCGUAUAUCAUCUCUACGAAAUUAUUUCAGUUCUAACUCAUGGCCUCACUUAUUGUCACUGGAUUUAAGUUAUAACAAUUUAACUAACUUGCCUGACGUUAUGGCAACUCUAGCGUUGCUGCCAAAACUUCGUAAUUUGGUUCUACAAGGAAAUCCGCUUUCUUUUUCACCAGCAUAUCGUGGAGCCUUCAUUGAUGCGAUUCGUAGCUUGACAUCUCUGGAUGACAUUCUGAUUACUGCUGAUGAGAAACAUCAUUACAAGGGAAUAUCUAAAUGUCAAGAUCCUUUAUUCAACGGUGCUUGCGUACUUGUAUGUAUAAAUUUGCUGAAUAACUUAAGAAUGCCGGAAGAAUUAAAGGGUUGUGAACCUCAUAUUCCAUACCCCGUUAUCGAAUACAAAUAUUCAGUUGAGUUUACUAUCCCCGAAAGUAAUCAACCAACAAACGAUCAAAACCUGUAUCUGCACUAUGGUAGAGUGUGCAAGCCCCUAGGCUUAGAUGAAAACCCGGAAGCUAUCUCAAGAAAGCACGAUCGUAGGAGGCAACGUAAAGACUAUCAAGAUAAACGAAGACAAAAAAGACAGGAAUCGCCAAGAUUAAGAAAGUUAGACGCAGAUGGAAGGGACGGUGAAAAUUCUGAUGGAGCACUAAAAUCAGAAACUUUUGUACCUGAAGCUGUUCAACUUCAGCCCAGUAAAUUUUUAAUUGACGAAAGUGGUUAUCCGUUAACGGAUUGGAUAAUGGAUUCUAGAGUAGCUGAAAAAUGUAACAUUAAUGAUUCUGAGUCAGGCGAAAUUCAGAAUCCUUCAGAAAAACGAAUACAAGCGAGCAAAACUUGGGUAGCUCUUGACGGUAUAAGUUUUCUUCCAACUAGUGUCCACAGUGCAUCAACUCAGGGACAUAUUUGGUCUGAGAGAAUGAAUUAUGCCUUUGAAUAUUUAUUUACAUGCUAUGAUUUGGCACAUCUUCGCGAUUACUUUGCUCAAGGAAUAACAUUGGCUGUCAUAGAAAGUCGACGAUAUGGCUUUUUAGACGAAGUUGAUGCAAUCAAUUAUGCUAAGAACAGAUAUGAACCUACAAAGGAUAUUGAUACCGCAGACACCCUUCAUAGACCAAGAAGUACUUCAUCAACUGGAUCUAGGAAUGAAAAAUUACAAGUCAAAACUAAAAAAGAUGGUGUUCGUAUCAAAACAAUAAAAGAUCGCGAUAAGGAUCAUCUAAGAGAUAGGGAAACCCAAAAAGAUAAAGAAUACAAAGAUUAUCAAAAAGAUCAUGCAAAGGAUGUCAAGCGGGGACGGAAAAAGGAUAAAAAGCAAACAGAUGAACGUAAUCUUUUCUAUACACCAGUAGAAAAGAAAUGCAUAGCUAAGACACAUUUAUCGUUAGUAUCUUUAUGGGAUGGUGAGAUGUCUGUUCAUGCAAACUGUAUUUGUACAAAUUUGGAUAACGAAGGGCCAAUGAAAGCAUUAGAACAAGAUAUGGAGGCAGUGGCUAUAGAUGCUCCCAUUGUCGAAAUUAUCGAUACGAAUAAGCGUAAUGCGAAAAGAAGAGAGUCUACAGAAGUUGAAUUCCCAAUUGGACAACGCCUGAACAAGAGGCGAGAUUCGAGUGAUAAAACACUAUUAUUAGCUGAAAAAAAAACCGACGAUGGAAACAAAAUGCGUCGACCAAGCUUUAGUAAAGAAGAAGAAAGGGGUAAUGAAAUAAACCCAGUGAAUCGAGGUAUAGCUCACAACGUACUAAGAGUAGACGAAAAAUCAAAUCAUAAAGCGCAGAGUAAUGCAUCCAGUAAUAAAUCAAGUAAAAGUUUAAAAAAUGAGGAAAAAAAUAAAAAAGUUACAGUUGGCCAGAAGGUAGAUAUUGAAGAAGAGACCGUAAAUGGCAAAGUAGAAUAUGCUCCAAUCUCGAUAGAUGCUGAAAUUAAACUUUUACGUUGGAAAACAGCUGCGGAAGCGUACGAAAACAAGCUUUGGCACUUAAAUCAGAAACAAGAACACAAGAUUGAAGAAGGGUAG